CAACUCUGCGCCGCGAUCCUGCAUUUGUGAUUCGGUUGCGCAAAGGAAAAACUCCUGGAGAUGCGACUGAGCUCCAUGUGACACAGCAUUAUAAAAAUGGCUCUUAUUAAAGAGGAGAGUGAAGAUGUGAGGAUUGAAGAAGCAUUCAGAGUCAAACAUGAAGAUAUCGAGACACAAACAGACCUAAUGGCUUUGAAAAAGGAAAGCCAAGAACUGAAUAAAAUGGAAGAGAAUCAGUAUGACAAAGAUCAGGAUUUUAUGACUGGAGAACAAUCCACACAAAAUGAAAAGACUUCCUCACAAAAAAGAGGUCAAAAGACCGAAUCUACCAGUUAUUUCACUUGCUGUCAAUGUGGAAAGACUUUCAAUCAAAAACAAAACCUUGAUGUCCACAUGAGAAUUCACAAUGGAGAAAAGCCGUUCACCUGCCAACAGUGUGGAAAAAGUUUCACUCAAAAACAAAACCUUAAAGUCCACAUGAGGGUUCACACUGGAGAAAAGCCUUAUACUUGCACUCAGUGUGGACAGAGUUUUACACAUAAAGGAAACCUUAAUGCCCACAUGAGAGGUCACACUGGAGAGAGUCCUUACACCUGUAGACUGUGUGAGAAGAGCUUCUCACGAAAAGAAAGUCUUAAGACUCACAUGCGAAUUCACACUGGAGAGAAGCCGUUCAUAUGUGGUCAGUGUGGAAAGAGUUUCAGAUGUAAAGAAAACCUUAAUUGCCACAUGAAGAUUCACUCAAGAGAGAACAGUUUUAUAUGUCAUCAGUGUGGAAAGAGUUUUCCUGACAGGAACCACCUUAGAAAUCAUGUAACAACUCACAUCGGAGAGAAGCCUUUCAUGUGCCAUCACUGUGGAAAGACUUGCACAAACAAAGCAAUCCUAGAGAUUCACUUAAGAGUUCACACUGGAGAGAGGCCUUUCACCUGCCCUCAGUGUGGAAAGAGUUUCACAAAUAAAGGAAACCUUAACAUUCACAUGAGGCUUCACACUGGAGAGAAGCCGAUCACAUGUCUUCAGUGUGGAAAGUGUUUCACAUAUCACACAGACCUGAAACGACAUUUGCAAACUCAUUCUGGAAAGAAAUUGUAGUAUUCCUCAAUUUUACAAAACCUGCACAUUCACUCCCCAAGUGAAAAAAAAGUGCACUUCCAUAAUGUACUUAAAGUGCACUUGUGUAGUGUACUAGUGAAUGAUAGCUGGGUUCAAGUGUACUACAAGUGGUAACUAAAUACAUUUUUGAA